GGGCGGGCACCGCUUGGAGGCGGAAGCAGCCGCAGGCAUGGCGGCGGCCUUGCCGCUCGUCCUGCUCGUGCUGCUGCUACUGGGUCCGGUGGGCAGGGGUCAUGCAGAACCCCCACGCGACAGCCUGCGGGAGGAGCUCGUUAUCACCCCGCUGCCUUCUGGGGACGUAGCCGCCACGUUCCAGUUCCGCACGCGCUGGGAUUCGGAGCUGCAGCGGGAAGAAGUAUCUCAUUAUAGGCUAUUUCCCAAGGCCCUGGGGCAGUUGAUCUCCAAAUAUUCUCUACGAGAGCUGCACUUGUCAUUCACGCAAGGCUUUUGGAGGACUCGAUACUGGGGGCCACCUUUCCUGCAGGCCCCAUCAGGUGCAGAGCUCUGGGUCUGGUUCCAAGACACCGUCACUGACGUGGAUAAAUCUUGGAAGGAGCUCAGUAACGUGCUCUCGGGUAUCUUCUGCGCCUCUCUGAACUUCAUUGACUCCACCAACACGGUCACUCCCACUGCCUCCUUCAAACCCCUGGGACUGGCCAAUGCCCACCCCAGACAGCUUGAGUCUCCCUUAGGCACUGAUCACAAUUUCCUGCGCUACGCUGUGCUACCACGAGAGGUUGUCUGCACUGAGAACCUCACCCCAUGGAAGAAGCUCUUGCCCUGCAGCUCCAAGGCAGGCCUGUCUGUGCUGCUCAAGGCUGACCGCUUGUUCCACACUAGCUACCACUCCCAGGCAGUGCAUAUCCGUCCUGUUUGCAGGAAUGCACGCUGUACCAGCGUCUCCUGGGAGCUGAGGCAGACCCUUUCUGUUGUGUUUGAUGCCUUCGUCACAGGACAGGGGAAGAAAGAUUGGUCCCUCUUUCGGAUGUUCUCCCGAACCCUGACGGAGCCCUGCCCCCUGGCUUCAGAGAGCCGAGUCUAUGUGGACAUCACCGGCUAUAACCAGGACAAUGAGACGUUGGAGGUGACCCCUCCCCCAACCACCACCUACCAGGACGUCAUCCUCGGUGCCCGGAAGACCUACGCCGUCUACGACUUGCUGGACACGGCCGUGAUCAACAACUCUCGUAACCUCAACCUCCAGCUCAAGUGGAAGAGCCCCCCAGAGAGCGAGGCCCCUCCGGUGCCCUUCCUGCAUGCCCAGCGGUACGUGAGCGGCUACGGGCUGCAGAACGGGAAGCUGAACACGCUGCUGUACAACACGCACCCACACCGGGCCUUCCCCGUGCUGCUGCUGGACACCGUGCCCUGGCACCUGCGGCUGUAUGUGCACACCCUCACCAUCACUUCCAAGGGCAAGGACAACAAACCGAGUUACGUCCACUACCAGCCCGCGCAGGACCGGCUGCAGCCGCACCUCCUGGAGAUGCUGAUUCAGCUGCCGGCCAACUCGGCCACCAAGGUGUCCAUUCAGUUUGAGCGGGCGCUGCUCAAGUGGACCGAGUAUACCCCGGACCCCAACCACGGCUUCUACGUCAGCCCGUCUGUCAUCAGUGCCCUCGUGCCCAGCACGGUGGCAGCCAAGCCCGUGGACUGGGAAGAGAGCCCCCUGUUCAAGUCCCUGUACCCGGUCUCCGAUAGCUCUAGCUACUUUGUGCGCCUCUACACAGAGCCGCUGCUGGUGAACCUGCCCACGCCGGACUUCAGCAUGCCCUACAACGUCAUCUGCCUCACGUGCACGGUGGUGGCCGUGUGCUAUGGCUCCUUCUACAAUCUCCUCACCCGAACCUUCCACAUCGAGGAGCCCAGCACGGGCGGCCUGGCCAAGCGGCUGGCUAACCUUAUCCGGCGUGCCCGUGGCGUGCCACCGCUCUGAGGUUUGCCCUCUUCACGGCGGGGCUGCUGUGAGCCUCUGGGGAGGGGCGGUGGUGACUCCGAGGGCUCUUUCUGCCACGUGUUGUCUACAGAGUUGGCUUUCGAACCAAACCGCCCCUGGACGAGGCCGAGCCCUGGAGUGUGUUGUCUGGUUCAGUAGCCACAAGCCAGAUGUGGCAUUGGAAUUUAAUUUAAAUUAAAAAUUCAUUUUCUCUGCUGUACUGGCCACGUUUCAAGUGCUCAGUAACCAGAAGUGGUCAGUGGCUACUGUACUGGAGAGUGCGGACAAACAUUUCCAUCAUUGCAGAAGGUUCUAGGACAGUACCGACCUAGAUAACGGGGCACGUUGAAGAACUUGUAUCACUGUGUGGUAGCUGGAAUUGGCUAGUUGUGGAAUAAAAAGUGACUUUCUUA